AUGGCUCCUUUAGCCGAAGUAGGGAGCUUCUUUGGCGGUUUGGAUGGUUUUGGACAUGUCGGUUCACAUGUCCUUCUGCCUCUUGCUGGGGAUAAUCCUAUGCUUCUGAGUGAUCACCUGGCGCAGAACGAAAGACUGUCCCGCAGCACAUCUACGGAUUUAGCCCACUUACAAGGCAUCCUUCGGAGGAGGCAGCUGUACUGCAGGACUGGUUUUCACUUAGAAAUACACCCUGAUGGUACUGUGCAAGGGACAAGGAAAGAUCACAGUCGAUUUGGUAUUUUGGAGUUUAUAAGUGUUGCAGUUGGACUGGUCAGCAUACGAGGAGUAGACAGUGGUCUUUAUUUAGGAAUGAACGACAAGGGAGAACUUUAUGGUUCUGAAAAGUUAUCAGCAGAAUGCAUCUUCAGAGAGCAAUUUGAAGAAAACUGGUACAACACUUAUUCUUCCAAUCUGUACAAACACAGUGACAAGGGAGGCCGGUAUUUUGUAGCACUAAACAAAGAUGGCACUCCAAGAGAUGGGACUAGAUCCAGACGGCAUCAAAAGUUCACACAUUUCUUGCCAAGACCAGUAGACCCAGAAAGAGUGCCAGAGUUGUACAGAGAUGUAUUGGGAUACAGCUGAGACACAGCAACUUUUUUAAUGAAAAUAUCCUCAACCCAGGUUUCCAUGGAAACAGGGAUGUAGAAGUACCAGCUUCCUAAAGCAGCAGGGUCAUUCGAAGACUAGUUUUGGGAUCUGUACUCAAAGAGAACAGUCUUAGUGUUUCUGUGCCAGGAAGACAGUUCAGCAUGUGUGACGAUAACAAGACUGAAGAAAGCAAGAGCUGCUUGCGCCUUUUGGGCUCUAUUGAUACUGCAUCAAGUAAAAGACAAAAGGAAAUUGGUAAUUAAGCUAUGAUGUCUCCUAUUUGGAAUACGUAACUGUUAGAGUACACUCCUUUCAUGAGAUGGAGUAUCUGCAGAAAGAAUGUCUUGC